GGCGGCGGCCGGGCGGUGAAGAUGGCGACCCCGGGGAUGGGCUGGCAGCAACCACAGCACGGCUACAGCGGCGGCUCCGCGCCCGGCGCGGGAAAACUCGGCUCGGGCUCCGCGCAGCCGAGUCCGGGCGCUGAGCACAGCCCGGACCUGCAUUUCAAAAUGAGCAAGAAGAUUGCCCAGCUCACCAAGGUAAUAUAUGCUUUGAACACUAAAAAUGAUGAACAUGAAGCUGCUAUCCAAGCCCUUAAAGAUGCUCAUGAAGAAGAAAUUCAACAAAUCCUUGCAGAGACCAGAGAGAAGAUCUUACAAUAUAAAAGUAAAGUUGCAGAAGAAAUGGAUCUCAAGAGAAAGAUCCAGGUUUUAGAAGAGUCACUGGAAGAUCAUAAAAAGAUGAAACAUCAGGCCUUGACAGAAUUUGAAGCCUAUAAGGACAGAGUUGAAGAUAUGCAGCUUUGUGCAGAAGCUCAGCAUGUCCAACGUGUGGUGACCAUGUCAAGAGAAGUGGAAGAAAUCAGAAAGAAAUUUGAGGAAAGGUUACGAAGUUUCAUACAGCUGCAAGUGCAGUAUGAGAAGGACAAGCGUACAGCUCUGGAAGACUUGAGAGCUGCCCACAGGCUUGAGAUUCAAGAACUUCUGAAGACUCAACAGACUCAGAAUGCUACUUUAAGUAAGGGUCAAGAAAAACUAGAGGAAUUGCAUAGGCUGGAGCUGGAAGACUUGAAUAGUAAAGUUGAAGAAUUAAGGCUGGAAAGAAAAAAACUCAUUGAGGACUAUGAAGGCAAACUCAGCAAAGCACAGUCCUUCUAUGAGCAUGAGCUUGAUUCUUUGAAAAGAUCUCAGCUUUUUACAGCAGAAAGUCUACAUGCUUGCAAAGAAAAAGAAAUGGAGUUAAGAAGAGAAUUUCAAAACCAGGAAAGUAUGUUACGGAAGAAUCUGGGAAAGCUUAAAACUGAAUUGCAAAUGGUCCAGGAUGAAGCUGCCAGUCUACGGGAAAAGUGCCAAAAACUUCAGGUGGCUCUUGGCACAGCAGAAAACAAUGUUCAGGUUCUUCAAAAACAGCUAGAUGAUGUGAAGGAGGAGGAGAUGUCAUUGUUAAGCAAACACAAAGAAGUGGAAAGUGAGCUAGCAGCUGCUAGAGAGCGCUUACAGCAGCAGGCUGCUGAUCUUGUUCUCAAAGCCAGUCACAUUGGAAUGCUUCAAGCUACUCAAAUGACUCAAGAAGUUACAAUCAGAGACUUGGAAUCAGAAAAGUCUAGAUUAAAGGAAAAACUAUCCCAAUUGGAAGAGGAAAGAAACUUACUACAAAGCAAAACACAGAGUCUGGAUGAACGACAAAGGCAGCAAAUUCUGGCCUUGGAGAAGAAAGUAAAUGAAGCAAGAGAGUCACAACGUGAAUAUUACGAGAAGGAGCUGGUAAAAUUGCAAGCAAGAUUGGAAGGAGAGGCUGCACAGUUAAAAGAGGCUCAUUCCAAGACCUUAGAAGAAUUGGCAUGGAAACACCAUACUGCGAUUGAGGCUGCGCACACUAAUGCUAAUAAGGAUAAGAAAAAACUGCAGAUGGAGUUGGAGCAGCAGUUUGAGAAAGAGAAACUACAUUUGGAAGAUGAUAAGAAUCAGCUCCGACAGCAGCUGGAAAACCUCAAGGAAGAACUGACAACAAAACUGACUUCUGCCAAUCAGGAGGUGUCUCGUCUGCAAGACCUAGUACGAAAAAGUGAGCAAGGCCUUGGUACUGCAGAAGGGCAUAUUUCCAGUCUUCAGGAAGCUCAGGAGAUACUGCAGAAAGAACUGGAAUUAACUAGAGCAAGACUGCGAGAGACCACAGAUUCAUUGUAUAGUGUUGAGGGAGAACUAGAUCAGGAGAGACAACAGCAUGAGGCAAUGAUUGCUAGCAUGAGAGAAGAGGAAAAGUUCAAAGUUGACAGAAUGGCUCGUGACUUGGAAGUAAAAUGGACAGAAAAUCUUCGGCAAGAAUGUAAUAAGCUUCGUGAAGAGCUGAGGCUGCAGCAUGAAGAGGAUAAGAAGGCAGCCAUGACUCAGCUGCUGCAGCUAAAAGAACGUGAAAAAAAAGCAGCAAGGGAUGGAUGGCAAAAAAAAGUUGAAGAUCUUCUAGACCAGAUCUCCUUACUGAAGCAGAAUCUGGAGAUGCAGCUUUCCCAGUCACAGAGCUCUUUGCAACAGCUACAAGCACAGUUCAGUCAGGAGCGACAGAGGCUGACUCAGGAGAUCCAGGAAUUAGAAGAGGAGCACCAGCAAAGGCAUAAGUCACUUCAGGAAGCCCAUAUCCUUGCCUUUCAAAACAUGGAAGAAACAAAAGAGCAAGAGCAAAAGGAAUUAGAAGAACGUUUGCAACAGAAGCACUCGGAAGAACUUCAGGCACUGAAAGAAACACAUAAGCAAGCCAUGGAAGGUUUCAAAUUGGAGAUGGAACAGGAACUUCAGACUUUACGAUUUGAGCUGGAGGAUGAAGGAAAAGCUAUGUUAGCUUCCUUGCGCUCAGAGCUAAAUCAUCAACAUGCAGCAGCAAUUGACCAGCUAAGGCACAACCAUCAGCAAGAACUGGUAGCUGCCAAAAUGGAGCUUGAAAGAAGUAUAGAGCUCGGCAGGCGACAGGAGAAAGAAUUUUUAUGCCGAAUAUCAGAUCUACAAGAUGAACUGAGACACCGAGACCAUCAUAUAGCUGAACUGGACAAAGAGAUUCUGCAUCUUCAUGAAAAUAUAAGUGCAUUGACCAAGGAAUUAGAGUUUAAAGGGAAAGAAGUUCUCAGAAUACGCAGUGAAUCCAACCAACAGAUCAGGAUGCAUGAGCAAGAUUUAAGCAAGAAACAUGAGAAAGAGCUGGAUGUCUUGACAGCAGAUCACAUCAGAGAGAAACAAAGCAUGAUGGCAGAUUUUAAUAAGACCCAAGAGCUGCUCAAGGAAAUUAAUUCAGCUUUACAAUUUUCUUUAGAAGAAAUGGAAGAAAAAUAUAAAAACAGAGAAUCAAGACCAGAAGACUUGCAGCUUAUUUCAGAACUGAAAGACCUAAUUGCAGAGCGGGACCAACUCAUAAAGAAAUUGAUCGAAGACAAAAAGUUCUAUCAGCUGGAGCUAGUUAACAGGGAGACUAACUACAACAAAAUGUUUAAUGCAAGCCCUAAUGUUGGUGUUAUUAAUCCAUUGGUCAAGCAAAAGAAGAAGAAUGAUAAAUCAGCAAACAGGUUUGUGAGUGUCCCCAAUCUAAGUGCUCUGGAAUCUAGCGGAGUGGUGGGCAAUGGACAUCCUAACCGCCUGGAGCCCAUUCCUAACUCACCCAUCCACGAUAUUGAGUUCAACAGCAGCAAACCACUACCACAGCCAGUGCCACCCAAAGAGCCCAAGACGUUUUUGAGCCCUCCUCAGACUGAUGCUUCACCAGUGGCUUCACCAGAUCCCCAGCGCCAGGAGUGGCUUGCCCGGUACUUCACGUUCUGAGAGACGAUUUGUUUUUGUGGCACAGCGUGAUGUGGACUGUUUAUAAGAGCAUGACCUUAAGUAAACCCCCAUGUGAACAAGCAUUCCCGUAAUUUGUCAAACACUGUGAAUGAGAAAGUAUUUGUCUUUCUGAUUUGAAACUGCACUGUAUUUCAUGUUAUAUUUGUUGGAAUCACUUGACAUGGUACUAUAUAAUGUGUGUAAUUAUAACUAUUAUUUUUAUUUAAAAUGGAAGAAUCUUUAAACUUUGUAACUACUACAUAAUAAAUUUUGGUAGAACAAACAUAA